AGCAGCCUCUGCGCAGGCGCACCACGACUCCCGUGGUCAGCUGACUGUGAGUGAGAUGCUGUGUUGAAGGACCACUGAGACGAAAAACCAGCUAAUAUCUGCGCUAUGCAUGCGAGGCUGCGAGUUCUCGACUGAAUUACACCGUGUGGACGAAACACUGAAGCCGUUGAACACAUCGUGACUUCCUUACAUCAGAGGCCCGGUGGACUAACUUCCUGCCAGCAGCCAUGACAGAAUUCUGGUUGAUCUCUGCUCCUGGGGAGAAGACGUGCCAGCAGACCUGGGACAAGCUGAUGGUCGCCACCUCACGCACCAACAACCUCUCUACCAACAACAAGUUCAACAUUCCUGACCUCAAGGUUGGAACACUAGACGUCUUAGUAGGUCUGUCGGAUGAGCUGGCUAAACUGGACACUUUUGUGGAAAGUGUGGUGAAGAAGGUCGCUCAGUACAUGGCUGAUGUCCUGGAGGACAGCCGAGACAAAGUCCAGGAGAAUCUGCUGGCUAAUGGAGUUGACCUGGUCACCUAUAUUACCAGAUUUCAGUGGGACAUGGCUAAGUACCCCAUCAAACAGUCUCUUAAAAACAUCUCUGAGAUCAUCUCCAAGCAAGCAACUCAGAUAGACAACGACCUGAAGGCCAGAGCUUCAGCCUACAACAAUCUGAAGGGAAAUCUGCAGAAUCUGGAGAGAAAGAAUGCGGGGAGCUUGUUGACCAGGAGUCUGGCUGACAUAGUGAAGAAAGAGGACUUUGUACUGGACUCAGAGUACCUGAUUACCAUGCUGGUAGUCGUCCCGAAGACAAACUAUACUGACUGGCAGAAGACAUAUGAAACACUGGCAGAAAUGGUUGUACCACGCUCCACUAAGCUGCUGUUUGAAGACCAUGACAGUGGUCUGUUCAGUGUCACUCUCUUCAGGAAGGCUGUAGAUGACUUCAAGCACAAGGCCAGGGAAAACAAGUUUACAGUGCGCGAUUUCCUGUACAAUGAGGAGGAGAUGAAGGCAGACAAGGAAGAGAUGACACGUUUGUCCACUGACAAGAAGAAACAGUUUGGGCCUUUGGUACGAUGGCUGAAAGUGAAUUUCAGUGAAGCCUUCAUUGCCUGGAUUCACAUAAAAGCUCUGCGUGUUUUUGUGGAGUCCGUAUUGAGAUAUGGGCUGCCGGUCAACUUCCAGGCCAUGCUGCUUCAGCCCAACAAAAAGAACAUGAAGAAGCUGAGGGAGGUGCUGUAUGACCUGUACAAACAUCUGGACAGCAGCGCUGCCAUCAUUGAUGCCUCUAUGGACAUCCCGGGUCUGAAUUUGAGCCAGCAGGAGUACUACCCGUACGUUUAUUACAAGAUCGACUGCAACCUGCUGGACUUCAAAGUCUAGAUACAUUGCAAUCAUCAGCAGUCGUGUCACAUCCACAAGCUUUAAUUUAUUUCCACACCCACUCUGUUUUUCCUCUGUUCUCACUUUUUGUGUUCUCAUUCUCUUUUCCCCCUCUUACGUUCCUCGCACUUUCUCUGGGGCUAAACAAAAUAAAGUGUUAGGAAUUGGAGCACUGAUUGGUGACUAUAAGUAAGGUCAGAUAGAUUGUAGAGGUAAACUGGUCUCCAAUCAUAACUUCUGUUCUAAUAUACUUGAAUAUGGGUCCUCUCCUCUGUUGUCAUUUCCUCUUUGUACCCUGCUGUAAAAGUGAACAGCUUCACAGUGUACACCCACCAAAACGGUUGACAUUCCCUCAUGGCAUCAAAGGACAUGUAAAAUACUGCAUUUUUAUUGUCGUCCCCUCCAUCAUACUUUAUUUAAAGUAACAUGAACAUUAAAAAUGGGGGGGGGGGGGUAAAUGUAUGUUAAAUAUAGUAUUUAUUUAAAGAUUCAAAUCAGUGAAUGUGUUUUUGUUUCUUCAGUUUUUGAGGUGAUGUGUUUUUAGCUCCAUGUAAGGUACGUCUGUUUACAAGUAGAUGUUGAUCAUCAGAUCCCCCUCUCAAGCUAUAAUCCUGUGAAAUACUGAAACUGGUCAUUUUACAGUAUAAAAAGCAAUAUGUUUGCUGCUUGUAUGCUCCUUUUGAUUUCUGUAUAUUAAUCAUUUUAAGAAUAAUUAUGAUAGGUCUAUGUGCAAAUAUUGUAUUGUCAGUAUGACUGAAAUGGAACCACAUAUUUAAAAUAAAUGUGA